CUAUUAAAAUUAUUUUUAAAAAGAUUUUGUCAAAUAAAAGAUUUUUCUAGAGUCAUCAAACAUUAAUUUGUGGCUUAAAAGUAUCGGUUCAGGCACCGUUUUGGCACGGUACCAUUUUAAAAGUAUUGAUUUAGCAACGGUAUCGAAAUAACCCCAAACGAUACCCUACCCUAAUUAUUAACAGGAUUUAUUAUCAAUUAAAUUCGAAACCGUUGUAAAUCACUCUACAAUUACCUGUAACUGUUGCUUGGCAACCGUUUUGCUGUCAUUACUGUGCCAAAGAAAUGUAUUUGCCUUGUCUGAUUUUGUGAAAUCUUGUUAUGUAUAUGGAAUAACUGUUUCAUAAAAUAACUCAGCAAUGUGAAGCUGUGGAUUACAGCUUUAACUUAUAACAGCCAAACGGGUUUCAGGCACUCCGCUCCACUCCACAUGAUGCUUAAUACUUUUAUUAAUAUUGCCACUGAACGAUAAAAAACUUCAUAAACUUCUUCACACGGGUUACCAAAACAGAGAAAUCCACAAUAAAAAAAAAAACACAAUGUUAAUUAACUAUAAAAGACAAGUUUCAUGCACAAAUAGCUUAAAACACAUAAAGCAUGAGUCAUGUACAAAUAGUUUAACCCAAAAGUUUAUCUUUUUCCCCUUUAUUUAUAACUUUCCUUUUACUAUGUCACCUGCAACGUAUUAAUUCUUAACCAUUGUUGUGUGUAUCUUUUUGCUUCAUGUUCAAGAAUAGCUUAAUAAUCGUCAUUCUCUCUUUAUUAAGCGGUUUAAUUUCAAUCCCAUAUCAGAAGGAAACAUUAAAUGGACUGAAAAACCCAAACCAUUUGGUAAGCUCAUAUUCUGCCUCAUAUCAAAACUCUACUUUGAUUCUUGAGUUCCUUGGUGAGAAAAAUGCUCAUCAUCAGUCUAAGAAGCACUUCAGAUUAUGAGAUCUCUAUAAUAGAUGUUAAACACUUAACUUUUGUUUUAUAAAUCAACAUCAAAUUGGAUUUCUGGUUUUAUUCAAACUGACAUGAGCUUAACCACGUCUUUUCAAACAGGGCUAGGCACACCAAUAAAACUUCAGUCAGCUGAUGAUUUGAGCAGUAUUUUGAAUCCUGAUUGGACUGAAAGGUUGACAGCAAGAGGCUAUAGAUCAGACACAUUGAUGAAACGCGAUUCAUCUCGUACUAGGUACAAUUUACAUGGAAGAAGAAACCAAAGACUAAAAACAAGAAGAGCCAGAGAUGCAGCUUUCAAACAUUUGAAGACAAGUAAGGCAGAGGCUUCUGCAGGAGGGCCAUCUCAAGCAUCUGAGGCAAGCAAGACACCUAAAGAUUCAGAUGAGGAGUUCAACUGGAAAUCAGAAUCAUCGGAUUCAGGAAGUUCAAGUGAGGAUCCCAGUUGGAUGCCAGGGUUAUCGGGUUUUAGACGUUCAAGCAUGGGUGAGGAUCCCAGUUGGAUGCCAGGGUUAUCGGGUUUUAGACGUUCAAGCAUGGGUGAGGAUCCCAGUUGGAUGCCAGGGUUAUCGGGUUUUAGACGUUCAAGCAUGGGUGAGGAUCCCAGAUGGAUGCCAGAGUUAUCAGGUUUAAGACGUUCAAGCAUGGUACUGGAGUAUAAGGAGUCGAUCAAACAGAAGUUCAAGAAGAGUUUCCUCUCUAGUGAACAAGUCUCACUGGCUGCUGUCUACACUGAACCUGUGAUCACUGAAGAAACUGAACAAGUCAGUUUUCAGAAUAUUAGUGUGGAAGAUCUGUUUAAACCAAUUAUGCAUUUGCAUGCAUUUGCAUACUUUCCAAAAACAGUCGUUCUCCAAGGAAGUUCUGGUUGUGGAAAAUCCUUCAUAUCUCAAAAGAUAAUGUUGGACUGGAUAUCUGGAAAACAUUACCUUCAACACUUUGAUGUAGUUUUCUAUUUGAGGUGUGAAGAGCUUAAGUGUGUUUCUGAGGAGAUGACCUUGAUUGAGCUCCUGAGCUUGAGCUCUAGUUUACCAUCAGAUCAAAUCUCAGAGAUAUUACUGAACUUACCAUGUAGAGUGCUCAUCAUCAUUGAUGGACUUGAUGAGCUUACAUUUGUACAUUCAGACUUUUGGAUACAGUCUCUAUCACACAAAGCAUCACCUGAGGUUAUUGUUUGUUCCCUGCUUAGUGAACAGUUCGUGUCCAGAUCAACUUUACUGAUCACAACUAGUACUGAAGUCCCACAGGGCAUGUUUUUUAUGAAAUCACGACGUCUCUCUAAGAUUAUGGGAUUCUCUGAGAAAGGGGUGGAGGAAUAUUUUCAGAGGUUUUUCCAGGAUGAGGAACUCUUCAGAAAAGCUUUUAGGUGUGUGAAUGCAAAUGAAACCCUGAUCACCGCCUGCUCUAUCCCUGUCGUCUGCUGGAUUCUCUGCACAGUCCUGCGAGAGCGCUUCAGUGAGGGUUCUGAUUUAACAAACAGUCUGGAAACCACCACCUUUAUCUAUGUUGACUUUUUGUCCACUUUACUGGAGCCUCACAGCCAGGGUUUGGGUCGGUCUGUGCCAACCCUGCUGAGUAGUCUGGGUCAGCUGGCAGAGAAAGGGAUGCUGGAAACACAUAUGCUGUUUGAAGAGAAAAGUGUGAAUGAAAUAAUUUCAGACCCUGAAAAAUUAUUUCUCAGAAGGAGAACAGUUCGCCAGGAGACGAUGUUCAGUUUUAUGCAUCGCAGCUUUCAGGAGUUCUUCGCAGCUCUUUAUUUUGUGCUUCUGAAUGAAAAAGAGCCUCAGAGGAAAGUAAAGGAGCUUCUUCACACUGUAGAGAGAGGAUGGGCUUUGUCUUGCUGCUCUGAUCUAGACUCUUUAAUGACAGAUGUAGAGGUAAGACAUUCAGAGUUUCUGCAGCCUGUGAUUCUGUUCCUCUGUGGUCUCUGUAGGCAAGACCCGAUCCCAUCAUUUUUUGAGAAGCACAACAUGGCCGUCUCUGUCAACAUAGAAGCCCAGCUUAAAGAGUGGAUCAAUAAGUGUUCACAGAGAUAUCAAAACAAGCACCUGCUGUUCAUUCUCCAUUGUCUCUAUGAACUCCAUCAGAAGAGCUUCUCUGCGAAUGUUCUGGAACAUUUGAAUUUAUUAGAUCUGUCAAAUACUCCACUGACUAAUAUAGAUUGCAGGAUGUUGCAGUUUUGUUUGGAGAGUGGUGUUAAAAUGAGGAAUCUGAGACUCAAUGUAACAUCUGACAAUCUGAAGAGUCUUCAUUCUGCGCUGUACUGUGACGAGUUAUGGUUGAAGGUGGAUCAUAUCACAGAUGAUGUUGGGGAUUUGAUCUCAGCUUUUGGUGAAGGGAAGAUUGUAAAAGAACUGAUUGUACAGAAUCAAAAAGGAUCAAAAGCUUCUCACCAAAAAGAGACCAAAAGCUUUUGUCAAAAGAUUUUGGCAUCAGUGAAAGAUCAAGAGUUCACACUUUCUGUUUCCUGCUCAAAAACGAGACCAUUGUCGUUAAUCUCAGGAUUAACUCUCACCUGCUCAUGCUCAGAGAUUUCCACUGUCAACUGGAGAAUCUUCAUACAGAAACUCAGUGAAACACCAAGCUUCUACAAUGAAGUUUCAUCAAUGAAUGAGUUUCUCCCUCUGGAUGCCCUGCAUUAUGUGACUGGUUUAAAGACAAUCCAUUUGCAGACAGAAAGAUGGACUGACAGGUGGAUUCCCAAAAUCCUCUCCAUUAUUCAGGCCUUUUCCAGUUUGAAUGAACUCAGGAUAAAUGCUGCUGUUUCAUUUAUUCCAUUUAACAUUACACGGUCACUGAGGGAAUCCCUGACCACUGGUUGGAAACUGACUGUCUGGAGAAAAUCAGUGUUGAUUGAACGAGACAGAACGUGUGUCACAGAAGAAGAGCUGAAGGCGAUACAGACAGAAAACACUGAGAGCAAAAGAGCAGAGUUGUCUUCAGGACAAACAUCCUCAGAUGAUGCAGAAAUAUUCACACCUGAACUUAUUCAAGAAGAUGACAAGUACAAGGAUAAAGGCAAGAAUACAUACAGGUUUGUGUGUCCUCGUGCUGGUCAGUUUCAGUGCAGUCUGACCAGUCUUGUGUUUGUGAUGGAGGGUAAAGGAGAGCUGCUGUAUAGAAUCGUCUCAUGGGAUCCUCGUCUGUUAGAUGGUUUGGGUCAAAUGCAGCCUGCAGGACCCUUAUAUGACAUUGAUUGUUCUGCAGGUUCAGUCUCACAACUAUGCUUUCCACACAGUGAAAUAUUUUCUGAGGGCGACAACAGGGACGGUUUGGCUGUAGCACAUUUCACUGGUGGGAAUAUGGAAAUAAUUCAGCCAAUUAAAGUGACAGAAACCCACGUGAUGAUUGACAUCAGAGAUCUCUCUCUAUUUGGACUCCUCUGGAUGAAGAUAUUUAGUCGCCUCAUUCGUGGACAAGUUUUGCUUUUCCUUCGUACACUACCAGUUGAAGAGGAAGAGAAAAUACUGUAUGUCCACUUACUUCCAGAGAAUGUUCCUGUGCCAAAGGUCCAACAGAAGCACCAGAAUAAAAAAUACAUUGAGACAACUCCAGAAUGUCAGUUGUUUACUGAGCGAGAAUACAGUCUGCGUUGCCAGCCAAAGAACGGUGUAGUGCAACCAAUGAGUCAGAUCUUUAAGCUUAAUUUUGGUCCAAACUAUCAUCCCACAUUCGAAGUGUUUCUGGAUGUUCACGUUAAAAAGGUUGGAUUGACUAUUUUAGACAAAGCUGAAGAUGGGAAAGAAGUGUGGAGCAGACCACAAAUAUUACUUACAGCACCAAGUCAAGGAGUAGAACAGAAUGAGAGUGACAGAAUGACCCCAGAAAGUGAAUUUGUGGAUGCCCUCAGAGAUAAACUUAUUCAGAGAGUUUUAUCUGUGAUGGCGAUUGCUGACAGCCUGAAGAGCAAACGCAUGAUAACAGAUGAACUAUACAAUGAGGUUUACGUUGCCGAUACAACACAGAAGAAAAUGAGAUGCCUGUUUAAAGCUCUGGACUCUGGAAGAGCUUCUGUUAAAGCAGAGUUUUACCGUCUGCUGAAGAAGAAUGAUUCUGAUCUGGUAGAUGAACUGGAGUCUGAACACAGCGGCUCCAGCAGACCCCAGUAAUGCUGAGAGUGAGUCAUAAACUACAGCUUCAGGGUAAAUAUACAGGACUGUGUCUAGCAAGAGAUCCAAAAGCCUUCACUUUAGUUAAUAAAGUAACUGAUAUCAACUCCGCAAGUAAGUGUAAAACUGUUCAUGUUCUCGUGCAUGAUUGAACCAAAUGAUCCAAAGAGCACCAAAGCCUCUGAACAAUCCCACAAGAUUGCUUCAAAUCUGAGAUGAGGCUUCACGUUUUUUAGCAUGUUGUCAUUUUAUUUUCAAAUCUUCAAAAUCCAUAAAAUAAUGUUUAAAUCAUUAUGCUUUUCAUUCACUCAUUUUCCUUCAACUUAGUCCCGUUAUUCAUCAGGGGUCGCCACCAGAAUAAACCGCCAACUUAUCCGGCAUAUGUUUUCACAGCUAAUGUCCUUCCAGCUGCAAUCCAAUACUAAGAAACGUCCAUACACUCUCAUUCACACACAUACACUACGGCCAAUUUAGCAUACCCAAUUCACCUACAGUGCAUGUCUUUGAACUGUGGGGAAAACCGGAGCACCCAGAGGAAACCCAGGCAAACAAGGGGGGAACAUGCAAACUCCACACAGAAAUGCCAACUGACCCAGCUGGGAUUUGAUCCAGUGACCUUCUUGCUGUGAGGCGACAGUGCUAACCACUGAGCCACCGUGUCACCCUCAUUAUGCUUUUCACUUUUUAUUUUUGAUCACCACUAUGCUGAUUGUGUCGAAGUAAUAUGCUUGUUUUACAUUUUUUGUAAGCCUAUAUUUUUUGAACGUGAGUAUUGUUUUACAGGAUACUUAAUCAGCUAUGUGAAGAUGUUUUUAUUUCAUAAUGUUAGGCUGGGGGGAACUAGUUCAUAUUUUUAUUUUGUAUUUGACAUUUUUAAUAUGAACACUGCACAUAUGCUCAAAAUAAAGUUCAGAAAUGCAAUACGAA